AUGGCCAAGGUGACGAUGGUCCGGCCAAACCUGACGCUCCACGAGCUGAUGUAUCUGCGACCCGAGGAGGUGGCGAAGAAACGAGUCACGUACGCGACGUACUUCAAUCUGGCCGAGUCGAAAAAAUUGUGGCGACUCCCGACGGGGCCGUUGUUCGAGGCCUGCGACAGGCAUCUGUGCGAGGAGGUGGUGAAGAGAUUCUACCGGCGAGUGCGGGACGAGUUCCCGGAGCUGGAGGACCUCCUUGCUGCAGCAUACUCGUACUCUCUAAAGCGGAAUCCCAAAAAGCACGCAUCGUGUGUCCCAGGAGUCGUUGCAUGCUUAGAGAAAAAGACGAACUACGUCGACGAGACGGACUUGAGCCACUUCCACGUUGCUUGCCGAUUCGGCUUCUGCGACGUGGUCGAGCGAUUCAUCGAGGCCGGACAGAGUCCGGAUUUUCGACCGUUACAAACGGUAGACCCACCGCUGCACUUGGCUUUGCACCACGGCCACUGGAAAGCGGCCGAAUUGCUCUUGAGUCGAGGUCACGCCGAUCCAAUCGCGACAAGCAGAGACAGGUUGACGGCCUUGCACGUGCUCAGUCAGAAUCAGAAAUGCGAUACGAGCUUGGCGCAGACGUUGCUCCGGGGCGAACUUGAUGUGCGAGUCGACGCUUGGGACAAAUUCGGCAACACACCGCUUCACCUGGCCCUGCACUAUGGCAACGCGAAGAUGGUCGAGUUGCUGUUGAGGCACGGCGCGAACACCAAUUUCGUCAACGGCGCGCAGAUGGCUCCGCUGCACGUCAUCUCGAGGCGGGACCCCUACGGCAACCUGGCGGAGCUGUUCUUCGGCGUCGCGGCGGACGAGAUGUAUCUGUCGGUGCGGGUCGACGCCCGGGACAAUAAGGGCAACACGCCGCUCCACUACGCCCUGCAACGGGGACUCAAGCGAGUGGUCGUUCUACUGCUGAAGCGCGGCGUGGAUCCGAAUCUGGCCGGCGCCGGCGGCGGCAAUUGCCUGCACAUCCUCUGCCGGCAGCAGUGCGACGGAGAGCUGAUCGACGCCUUCUUCGAAGUUAUCAACGACAGACGCCAGCUGAUGGAGGUCAAUGCCCGGGACGAGCGCGACGACACUCCGCUGCACUUGGCUCUGGCCCGCGACCAUCAGCAGGUGUUUCAGUUGCUGCUUAGAAUUGGCACCUGUCCCAAUUUGACGGACGAGAACUGA